UCCAUCCAUCUGCUCCCCCCUUAUUUAAUUCCGUGAUUAAGGAUCCUGUCUGUUCCCUGGCCUGGUCGUUCUUGGCCUCCAUCCCUGGGUUGCCCGAGUGUCACCCUGUCUGGCCAGGCCCUCCUUAAAGUCCCUGCCCGACAGGUCCAAGUCCAGGCAGAGACGCCCGGUCAGGAGCAUCAAGGUGGCCCAGACCAGGGUGGGGAUUCACCUGCCCGCCCCGCUCGCCGCAGCCCCCCCGCUUCCCAGGCUGCCUCGCUCAGUGACGUCAACGCCGAGUCCCGCAUCCCGUCACCCGCACUCGGGGCCCGCGCUGCGCACGCUCGGCCAUGGCUGCGGUAGCGUUGCCGCUCCUGUUGCUGCUGUUGGCCUCGCCGGCUGCCCCCGCGCCAGCGCGCGACCCCUUCGCCCCGCAGCUCGGGGACACGCAGAGAUGCCAGCAGCGGUGUCGCCAGCGCCACCCUGGCCCGCCACCGGUUCAGCCUGAGGCAGAGGGCCCCUCUAAUAACAAGGCAGUCCUCAUCAGUGCUUGUGAGCGCGGCUGUCGGCUGUUCUCCAUCUGCCGAUUCGUGGCCAGGAGCUCUAGGACCAAUGCCACAGAGACGGAAUGCGAAGCAGCCUGCACUGAGGCUUAUGUGAAGGCAGCAGAGCAACGGGCCUGCAGUGAGGGAUGCUGGGGCCACACCCCUGAACCUAAGACCCAGCUGGGACAGCAGAAAAUGGCUUUGGAACCACCCAGCGGGUCUCUGUCCCUGCUGGAAUUAUUUUCCACACUCUGCAGCGACCUCAUGAGUUCUGCCCAGGGCUUCGUGUCCUCCACGUGGACAUACUCCCUUCAAACAGACAACCGGAAGGUGGUGGUGUUCCAGACCCAGCCUGUGGUAGAGAGCUUUGCAGUCCAAGGGAGCCGACUGCAGCGAGUGGAGGUGACCUGGAGGGGGUCCCGCCCGGAGGCCCUGGAGGUGCACAUGGACCCCCUAGGCCCUUUGGACACCAUGAGGGGAGCUAAGACCCGAGUGAAGACCAGCAAGGCCAGGGUGGAGCCUGAGGACCAGCAGGAGAAUGACUUCUUCAGCUGCAUGGCCCGGCGCUCGGGUCUGCCUCGGUGGGUCUUGUUCUGCUGUCUCUUCCUGUCCAUCCUGGUCAUGCUGUGGCUGAGUUGCUGUACCCUGGUCACCACACCUGGCCAGCACCUCAAGUUCCAGCCUCUGACUUCAGAGCAACACAGGGGUCUCCUGGUGGAGUCAGAGUGGCCUUUGUACCCUCCCCCAUCGCCUGCCUGUGAGGACAGCCCCCCGCCCUACAAGUUGAAGCUAGAUUUGACAACGCUGUAGUCUUCGGACUGUUGCCAAGUGCGGGGGUCCCUUUGUUCGCUCUGCAGCCUGAAGCCCAAGGUCAGGGUGAGGACCAGCCUUGGCCUCACGUACCACCCCCCAAUCCUCCCCUCUCUUGCCAGCACACCCUUCAGUCCCCUUGAGACAGGGGACCCUGACUAGGUGGGGAGGGUGGGAUCUGGCCUCUCCACCCACACUGCCUGGCUUUCUCUGGAGCUGCCUUUUGCUUUUCUCACAAGCUCUUGCUGUGAACUCUGUCUGUGUUGCCUUUCUUAUCCUUCCUCUGUGUCCUCACUUGGGGGCUGAGGUCUCAGGGGUUCCCCUCUGCUAAAGCUCUUUCCAUUUCUCUCUGGAGACCCAGCCCCACAAAAGGGAGUGGUGGGAACUCCCUUCUGGGAGGAGAUGAGGAGUAAACCUUUAAAUAAAGUGAAUAAAAGAGGA